AUGCCUCCAAAGGAGUCCGGGCAGCCCCGCCGAGCACCAUUCGUCUUUCCUAGAUCGAGGAGUGAAAGGGCGGCUGAAGCUGCUCGUCCAAUCUCGGCACAGCCGGUGCGAACAGUCCCGGCUUCCCAGCCCCAUCCUGUGCAAGGAGUGACCAGGACGAAACAGGCUGCUCAGGCGCCAACUGCUCGCCCAAAGCGGAAGGCUCCAGCUCCGAGGUCGAAGAAGAGGAAGCAGAUUCAGCCCGAAGAGUCGGAGACUGAAUCUGAGGGAGAGCCUCUGAGGUCGCGCCAGGAAUCCAGGAGGUCGGGCAAGGAGCCCACGAGCGAGACAGUGACUGGUGACAAGGCGAAGGGCGCGCCUGUUCUAGACUCACUGGGGAGUCUGCCCGAGUACCUGCAGCCAAUUGCGUUGCUCGCGAUGAGGAUGUCCAUGGAAAAGACGCGGCUGGGGGCCGCCAAGGGGACAAGCGACCUGCAGGAAGAGAUCGCAAAGCUGAAGCAGAGCUUGGAGUCCGUUGAAGCGGAAAGAACUCAAGCGUUCGAAGCAGCGAACAGGUAUCUGAACCAAAAGGACGCUGCUUUACGAACAGUGGACUUCCAGAAGGCGGAGCUAGAUCGACGUGCGGAGGAAGUCAAGGAACUUCAAAGGACAACCGCCAGGCUCUCUAGGGAGAUCGGCGAGAAGGACCAGGAGCUCCAGGCGACCUUCGCACGGGUUCAGCGAGCUGAAGAAGACAGGGGGGCCUCCGAACAGGAAAGGCUAGCUCUUGAGGCCGAGCUUCAGGAGAGUCGGGAGAGAGUCACUUCUCUGACUGUAGAAAUGCAAAAUCAGUCUGAGGAGAUGGAGGAGAAGGCCGCGGACUGGGCAAUCGGGUCCAUCUACGCCCGCAUUCUUGAGGCCGAAGGGCAAGAGAGGCAAGAGAAGACUAAACAGAGAUUGCCUGAGUAUGCCAUAGAGAAAGAAUGA